ACAGCAUGCCGGGUAGCGCCGCGUUCCGGCCCAUGCGCAGAGCUGAGCAUGCUGGGAAGUGCCUCGCCGCCGCGGUGCAUGCUGGGGAAAGAUGGAUGCCUACGGGCUCUUCCGGCAGCUGGGGGCUGGCGCCAGGUUCGAUGUGAAGCGCUUCAGCCAGGACGCCCGGCGCUUCAAGGUGAUAAAAGUGAGAGACAGUGAAUUUGACACUCCAGAGAGUCUUGACUUUUUUGGAAGCAAAGAUACAAAGCAUCCAAAUAUUUCUGAAAAUGGCCUGGGAACAAAUGGCUCCAAGAAAUCCAAAGUUAAAAUACAGCCACUUGAAUCACACAUGGAUGAGAAAGCAGAUGACUCAGAAGAGAGGCUUAAUGCAGGGACUGCAAGGAAGAGAAAACAAGACACAGGGAACUUUGAAGGGAAGAAAAGGAAGCGAAAGACCCAAGAACCUAUUUCAGUCAUUCUGUUGUGGAAAAUGAUGGGAUAUGUGGAUGUCCUCUUUGAAACAAAGAUUAAAGAUACAAGAAAAAGCAGGAAGAAACCCACUGCGGAGAAACUGGAAACAACUGAGACAGCAAAGGUUAUGCUCCAGACAAUAGCACAGGAGAUGUUGUGCUACUUUCUUUCUGUAUUUGAGGCAAACAUCCUUUUAAAAGUCUUAACUCAUAGUAUCAAUUUCUGCUUUGUUCGUGAGUUCCAUUUUACAUCAGUGGAGUUUGUGUAUGUAACCCACGAAGUGGUAAAGCUGUCUGAGGGACUGAGCAGAAUACAUAUGAUCCAUAAAGCAACUGAAAGCAACCAGAAGUUUGGGCCAAAUCAUCUAAAUUAUUUUGCUUUUUCUGUAGAUAUACUAGUGACUACUCCAAACAGACUCAUUUAUUUGCUGAAACAAGAUCCUCCAGUCAUAGACUUGACAAGAGUUGAAUGGUUGGUGGUUGAUGAGUCAGACAAACUAUUUGAAGAUGGGAAGUCGGGGUUCAGAGACCAGUUAGCCUCCAUUUUCCUGGCAUGCACGUCCCAUGUUGUCAAAAGAGCCUUGUUCAGCGCAACCUUUGCAUUCGAUGUAGAGCAAUGGUGCAAACUCAACCUGGACAAUAUCAUUUUGGUGUCUGUUGGAGCAAGAAACGCUGCAGCGGAGACAGUAGAUCAAGAGCUCUUGUUUGUUGGCUCAGAGACAGGAAAACUACUGGCAAUGAGAGACCUAGUUAAAAAGGGAUUCACUCCUCCUGUCCUUGUUUUUGUGCAGUCCAUUGAAAGGGCUAAAGAGCUCUUCCAUGAGCUCAUUUACGAAGGGAUCAAUGUGGAUGUCAUCCAUGCAGACAAAACACAGCAACAGAGAGAUAAUGUGGUGCACAGUUUCAGAGCUGGAAAGAUUUGGGUGCUCAUCUGCACAGCCUUGCUAGCACGAGGGAUUGACUUCAAAGGAGUGAAUAUGGUCAUUAACUAUGACUUCCCAACCAGUGCCGUGGAGUACAUCCACAGGAUAGGUCGUACUGGAAGAGCAGGACACACAGGAAAAGCAGUUACCUUUUUUACUGAAGAUGAUAAACCUUUAUUACGAAGUGUAGCCAAUGUUAUCCAGCAGGCUGGCUGUCCUGUGCCAGACUACAUAAAAGCCUUCCACAAACUGCAAAGCAAACAAAAGAAGAAACUGAUUAAGAAACCACUGGAAAGGGAGCACAUUCGUACCACUCCUCAGUACUUACUAGAAAAAGCCAAGAAAAAAAAGAAAAUUAUCCAGAAAAAUAUUAAGGAAAAGAAACCCAAGGAAGCAAACAAAUGACUCUCAAUUACAGACUGGUCCAGAAAGUUGACUGCAUUGUGUGAAUGAUCCUGCCACCUGACAAACUGAGUUUGAAACUACUCACCUAUUCGAAUCUUAGACAUGGAAAAUGUAGGAUGGCAGCAAAGGAUUGGGGAAAGAGACCGUGAUCACUCACUGCCAACAUUUCUUCCCUUUUUUAUAUAUAUUUAGUAUUAACGCAAGAAAACUCUUAAUGGAACACUGGUGGAGGAUGUCCAUCAGAGUACUUCUUAUAGAAGUGCAAGAGCGUGCUCCUGUAAUGAAAUACCCCAAGCAUCCGAGCAGUUGCUCACAAAUAGCAUCUGCUUGGGUUAUAAGUAUUAUGUGGUUCAUUAUCGUUUCUUGAGAACACUGUUUAUUCUAGAUUGAGGUAUAAAACCACCCUUCGAAUGUUUUCUGAAGUUAUAGCUAAGGGGGUCAGAUAGGUAAGAUCAGAGCACAUAAGCUUUACUAUUGUGCUGGGUAAGGACAGCUGUUGAAGAUUUCCUUAAGCACAUUGUUUCUGUUCAUUUUGCAUACAGGAUAGACUUUAAAGACGCAGUCUUAAAACUAUAUUUACUUUUUUUUUUUUUUUUUUGGCCAUAUAAAUCAAUUUGAAAUAGAUGUGUGGCAUCACUUACAGCAGUAGAAAGGGACAGGAAAGCAUAUCAAACAAUUGUAAAAACACCACUGAAGCUUUAUUGUAGGGGUAAUCUUAAACCUCAAAACAGAAUAAACAGGACCUUCAGAAGGAGAGUUCUAAAACAAAGAUUCUUCAGUCUGUUCAUAUAUCCUGUGCAGAACAUGUAUGCAGACAUAUCUUUGAUUUGUUACGUAAGAAAAGGAAGACCGCCCCCCCCCCCCCACACCCUUCAUUCUGCUCUCUCUUCACUUGUUAAACCCACUCUGUUCAUACACUGUUUCCUUACCAUGUAGUUCUAACAGUGGGGUAGUGGCUGCUUCUUGACAAGGAUGAUCCUUUCACAUGUGACUGUCGUUGUUAUUGGAUAGCUCUGCAUCAAUACACUCUCACUAAGAGUUCCAUCUCCUCCAGGCUUUGUCACCGUUAAUCCAUUUUGUAAAUGGAUCCCAGCCAUGCAUACAUUAUCUACUAUAGGCUACUGCUGAUUGUUCUGUUGAAGUCUGUAGCCAUUUUCUAAGGUACAAGUUUUGUAAAGUAAGACAAAAUAAAAACUGAUCAACAGUCA